AUGAUGGAUUCUAUCGCCCAGUACCGCCAACAGUUGGUGCAGCUCAGCAGCACGGUUGCAGAGGUGUCCGAAGAGCCAUCCACUAUGUUUUCUUUGUUGACCAGCGUUUUUGAGGAAUUCGACAGGGAGUUCCCAACUGCGUGUGCCAACAAGCUGUUUGCAAGCGUAGUGAAUUCACUGUCCAGCCUCGAGCUGGAGUAUGGCCAGUCGGCAAUAUUCUCGUCCGUCGUCUCACCAACAUUUCCCAAGUAUUUUCGAAACAUGUAUGGCAGUUCAGAGGCAUAUGUCUACUUUCUCCUACCCCACGAAGUCAGCAGUAUGUCGCGACUCAAGCGCCUGUUACAGGCAGCGCCCGAAUUGCUGGACAACACCGAUGAGAUCAAUGAUUUGUUCUCGUUCUAUAAGGAGUCAGUGGUGGGUUUGGAGCGGGAGACGUUUGUCUAUCAAAAGGCCCGCGUUGAUGGGUCAUCUGCGUACCAGACCUCGCAAAUGCUGAGUGGCGAAAUCCUACGCCGCGAGAGAUUGAUUCAAAGCAUUCUUCAGUCUGAUCCAGUACUCGCACACCUGGCCUCGAUGUAUAUCCGCGGCCAGAUCGCAUGUUAUCUCUCCUCGGAAAGGUUGAGGCCUUCGGAGCUGGCGUGA